UAAUUGUGAUAAAUAUUUAUUAAGCAAUUCUUUAAUGAAAUUUGAAAAUUUGACAUUAAAUAACAAUAAUAGUAAUUUAUUGCCCAUGGAUAUAGGCUCAGAAGUAUCAUCAGAUUAUCAAGAAAGUUCCUCUAGCAGAGGUCAAAAACAUGCUAGUCAACAAAUAAAUACUCAAGAAUCAUCAAACUUUGUACCUUUACAAUACGAGCAUUCAUUUUGUGAAAACAGAUAUCCUAUACUUCCUAGCCAUUUUCAUUUAAUUAAAAAAAUUACACCAUUAAUGUUAUUUUAUGAGUUCUUUACAGUUGAUUCUCUUAAGCAAAUAGUUAAAUCAACCAACAAAUACUAUGCUAUUCAAAAUUCAGCAGGCACAGAGCGACCAUGA